UCAAAUUUAAACCGACGCCUUGUCCCUAAUAAAAGCCAGAAACAGAGAGAAACAAAAGUUGAAAAGCAACAAAAUCGGUCAGAGAAUUCUUCUGGCGUUCGCAGUUCAAAUCCUCCAUCGUCGGCUACCUCUCUCUCUCUGUAGACAGUUUUCUCUGAAUCUGAUCGGAUGUCGAGGAUGAAAAUCGAUCGCAAGCCACCACUGGCCAAAUCGCCGAUUCGACUCAGGCCUAGACGCUCCGUUCUAUCAAACUCAAGCUCUCUGCAAACCCCACCCGGUUCGUUGACGAAAUCACAGAAACCAAGCCGGGUUUACGACAUGGAAGAACCAGAUCUCCGACCCGAAUACAGCACCAUAUCGUGCGAGUUACAGGCUCUGGCGAAGAAGGUCCAGAACGAACUGGGAGGCAUCGCCGCUGGGAGAAACACCGACACAUCUCCGUUGUUCGAGCGAGGCAGGUUCUAUGAAGAGUACUCCGCGAGGAGGAACGAGAGGUUGAGGAGAAAGAAAGGCGAAGUAGGGAAGGAAGCGAAAAUCAGUGCUCCAUACAAUCUUGGAGUUACGGUGGAAUCUUCGAAGAGAAGGGACACGAAGAAGAUUGAGAGCUUGAGAAAGUCGGUAUCUGCUGCAUUCUCUGUGGAGAGGACCAUGGAGACGCCGAGGUAUAUGCUGAGAAGUAUGACCAAAGAGAACAAGAAGCCUCCUCUGCCUUUGGCUACCUCUGAGAGGUCUUUGUUUGGUGCAGAGAAGAAACUGGGUACUGCUCGUAGGGUCAGGAAACUAUGAAAACUUUUGUCACCAACGAAGCAACAGAAACAAGAUUGAAUCUUUUGUUUUUCAAUCUAGCUUUGGGGAAAAGAAAACUUGUUGAUUUGGGGUUCAAAUCUGGUUCAAUAGCCGUGGUAAAUAUUAUGGAGCAAUUUUUUUCUCUGGUU